GAGGAAUGAGGUGAUGGGGCGGGCGGUGGGGGCAGCGGUGGCCAUGGCCGCCACGCUGGCCUGUGUAGUCAGCGCCACAGCCCACGACGGCGCAGGACCCACACACUUCAACAUUGGCGGAAUCCUCUCCAACAAGGAGUCAGAUGCGCACUUCAAGAAUACCAUAACGCAGCAGAUAAACGAGAACAGGACGUACGGGGAUCCCAACGCCACGCUGGUCGACGUCACGAUGCUCAUGGACUCCAACCCGAUCCGGACGGCGCUGGAAGUGUGCAAGCAGCUCGUGUCGCAGUCGGUCUACGCGGUAUCGCACCCCCUGAGCGGCGACCUCUCUCCCGCCGCCGUUUCCUACACGAGCGGGUUCUACCACAUCCCGGUCAUCUCCUCCAGGGACUCGGCCUUCUCAGAUAAGAAUAUCCACGUGUCCUUCCUGCGGACGGUGCCGCCCUACAGCCACCAGGCCGACGUGUGGGUGGAGCUCCUGAAGACCUUCCAGUACACGCAGGUCGUCUUCGUCCACUCCUCCGACACGGACGGAAGGGCGCUGCUCACUCGCUUCCAAAACCAAGCUCAGAGCCACGAGGACGACAAAGACAUCAAGAUGGAGAACGUGAUUGAGUUCGAGCCGGGCCUCAAUUCCUUCGUGGACAAGCUGAAGGAGAUGCGGGAGGCCUCUGCGAGAGUCUUCCUUCUCUAUGCCAGCAAGGAGGACGCCCGCACGAUCUUCCACGACGCGAGCUACAUGAACAUGACAGGGCGCGGCUACGUGUGGGUGGUGACGGAGCAGGCCCUGAGCGCCGAGUACGUUCCCUCGGGUACCAUCGGCCUCAAGCUCGUGAACGCCUCGGAUGAAGACGCCCACAUCACGGAUAGUUUAUACGUGCUGGCGAAGGCGCUGAAGAAGCUCCGGGAGGAGGAGAACGCGACGGAGCCGCCGCCCCAGAACUGCGACAACACGGGCGCUUCGUGGGAGACGGGGAAGAAGUUGUUUCAGUACAUCCUGGAGCAGGUGCUGAAGGAGGGGCUGACGGGCAAGGUCGCCUUCGACGAGAACGGCGACCGCAUCAACGCCGAGUACGACAUCAUCAACAUCCAGGAAUUCAACGAGACGGACGGCCUCAAGAAGGAGCACGUCCCCGUCGGACAGUUCAUCUACAACAAGUCGGCUGGGCGCGGGGCAGGGGACAAGGCGGGGGCACAGACCGUGAGUCCCACAAGCCCACAGCAGCAGACGAAGGAGACGAUGAAGCUGCAGAUAGACGAGAGCGCCAUCAUCUGGCCGGGGAACACCACGGUCAAGCCUCAGGGCUACAUGAUCCCCACGAGACUCAAGGUCCUAACCAUCGAGGAGAAGCCCUUCGUCAACAUCCAGAAGAUCGACAGCAAGGCCAAGUGCCUGGGCAUGGGCAAGGUGCUGUGCCCCUGGUACAACGCCACGGCCGAGGGCACCGACCUCUACUGCUGCACGGGCUACUGCAUCGACCUGCUCAUCACGCUCGCCAACAAGAUCAACUUCACCUUCGAGCUCGCGCUCUCGCCCGACGGGGAGUUCGGGUCGCUGCAGAUGAAGGAGUCAGGAAAGAAGGAGUGGUCGGGCCUCAUCGGGCAGUUGGUGAACCAGACCCACGACGCGCUCACCAUCAACCCGGAGCGAGCGCAGGUCAUCGAGUUCUCCAAGCCCUUCAAGUACCAGGGAAUCACUAUUCUAGAGAAGAAGCAACCUCGCUACUCCACGCUAGUCUCCUUCCUUCAGCCCUUCCGAGACACGCUCUGGAUCCUCGUGAUGGUGUCCGUGCACGUGGUGGCUCUCGUGCUCUACCUCCUAGACAGGUUUAGCCCCUUCGGCAGGUACAAGCUAGCAAACAUGGAUGGCACAGAAGAAGAUGCCCUGAAUUUGUCCUCUGCAAUCUGGUUUGCUUGGGGAGUCUUGCUCAACAGUGGCAUUGGCGAAGGAACUCCUCGCAGCUUCAGCGCCCGCGUGCUGGGCAUGGUGUGGGCAGGCUUUGCCAUGAUCAUCGUAGCUUCUUACACUGCCAACCUGGCGGCCUUUCUCGUGCUCGACCGCCCACAGACCUCCCUCACCGGAAUCAACGACGCUAGGCUGCGAAACCCGAUGGAGAACUUCACGUACGCCACGGUCAAGGGCUCGUCCGUGGACAUGUACUUCCGGCGGCAGGUGGAGCUGAGCAACAUGUACCGCACGAUGGAAGGCAACAACUACCACACGGCCGAGGAGGCGAUCCAGGCCGUCAAGUCAGGGAAGCUGAAGGCGUUCAUCUGGGACAGCUCGCGGCUGGAGUACGAGGCGGCGCAGGACUGCGAGCUGGUGACGGCGGGCGAGCUGUUCGGGCGCUCCGGCUACGGCAUCGGCCUCAAGAAGAACUCGCCGUGGGCGGACCGCGUCACGCUGGCCAUCCUGGAGUUCCACGAGAGCGGCUACAUGGAGGAGCUGGACAACAAGUGGAUCCUGCAGGGCAUGGACGACAAGUGCGACACCGACGACAAGGCGCCGGCCACGCUGGGCCUCAAGAACAUGGCGGGCGUGUUCAUCCUGGUGGCCGCCGGCAUCGUGGGCGGCAUCGGGCUCAUCAUCAUCGAAAUCAUCUACAAGAAGCAUCAGAUCCGCAAGCAGAAGCGCCUGGAGAUCGCCCGCCACGCCGCCGACAAGUGGAGAGGGGCCGUCGAGAAACGCAAGACGCUGCGCGCCUCCAUGAUGAACCAGAGAAGACUGAAGGCGAACGGCGUGAACGAGCCCUCGGUGAUCUGCGCCAACGUGGAGAGCGGGUCGAGCGCGGGCGCCGUGUCGGCCUCCAGCGGGGGCCCGUCGGCGAGCGCCGUGUCCUCCGACUUACCUCGUGUGAUUCCUCCGCCGCCCAGCGCUCCCCCCUUACCUCCUUCGCCUCCAGAACUGCCCCCAGAUGUGCCUCCCGCACCGCCCGCUCCGCGCUGGGGCAACGACAUCAGGCAACGCCACGUGUCCGCACAGGACGAGGGGCUGCCCCCUCCCCCUCCCCCUCCUGCCGGCGUGGACACUAUGCGGCUCCAUGCAUCCUACAAGAACCUGUUCGGCCCUGACCCGCCCGACCUGGUGGUGUGAGCGCCUGCUGCGGCCUCUGUAUCAGAGGUGGUCAGGCUCAAAGGGACAAGUGGCCCUGGCGGGGAGGCCCACUGACUCCCCUCUUCAUUACGUCCACUCAGCGGCGCCGCGGGCAAGCCUCCCCGGGCCAAGCCUCCCCAGGCACCCAGCGCUGUCGCCGAAGGGCCUCCAGCCGGGCCGGGGAGGGACUUACUACGCUUCUCACUCGCCAACAACAUUGUAUAAAACCAUGGACCUUUAUAGCAUGUUGACAGUGGGUCACAGAACCUUGACCACAAUAACUUCAAUUAUUUAGUUUGGUAAAACACAUUACAGCAUUUAUGCUUGCUCCUGGUUAGAAAGCAAACUAUAAUUUGAGUCAGGUAAUCCACACAGACUUCCAAUGAUAUAUUAGGGAGAUACUUGUAGUCCAUUAAGGACUGGUAGACGCAUCCUUCAGUCACCUUUAGGGGCCAGAGGACGCGGUUGUUGAUCUGUUGUUGUCCUACAAUCUCCCACACCGACACCAGGAGUGUGCUAACUGUGGAGCGUUAGUGUGGAGCCCCAUCCAGUGUGAGGGAGCGGGGACUGCCCCCUCGUCGCAAGCGUGUGGGGCGGGGUCCUUUGCCCCCCGUCAUUCCACGAAUGUGAGGUAUGGGGCACUAGGAGCACCCUCAUGCUGCCAGUGUGAGGGGCGAGUGGCAAUGAGUGCCCCCUCAUUCCGCCAGUGUGAGGGGAUGACGUCCAGAAGCGGCCCUCAUGCUUCUCGCGUGGGGGGCCGGCAUGAAGAGGCACCCCUCAUGCCGCCAGUAUGAGGGAAGGCGCCAAGGAGUCCCCCUCAUGCCGCCAGUAUGAGGAUUGGCGCCAAGGUGUAUCCCCUACUCUCGCGUUAUCCUUCUUUCUGUUAGCCUUGUAAGGUUCUGCUAAAUAUCUGGAAUCUACAUUGUUGAUGAUACGCUUAUUAACGUUGUGUGUUGUGACUCUGGACUGGCAUGGGACGGGACGAAGCAGCUGCCUCCGAUAUCCUUAUGUCCAAAACUCACGGUGUGCUGGUCUGUUCCCAACGUUAUUUGUAUGUACACUUAUUUGUAAUACCAGAGGCUGAGUAUAAUGGUUUUAUUACAAAGAAAAAAACAAACAAAAAACAAAAAACAAAAUAGUUUUCCAAAAAAAAUAUAAAAGUGAAGAAUCAGUCAUUGCUUAGCUGCAUAAGCUAAAUAUGUUUAGAGCCCAUUGGUAGAAAAUAAAUUGUUAAAUGAAA